AUGAAGCGCAUCUUCGGAGGCAGAGGAGACCAAAAUGACGAGCCCUCGGGACGGCCGUCUUCCUCUUACGACGAUGAAGCCGCAGCGAACGAGCGCACUCGCCUGCUGCCAAACCGAGUUGACGGCGAUGCCACCUACCUGAGCCCGGACGAUCCGGCCGUGACGCCGUACAAUCUCUUUACGGUCCGCUUUACGAGAUAUCUCACCAUCUUUCUUACCUUCAUCACAUUCCUGUGGUGGGUUCUCCUGCUCAUCUCCAUCUUCAUCACGCCACCUGGCCUGUCAACGAGAGGAUCGGGCUUCUACGGUUUCAGCUUUGCGAGCGUGGCCCUGACCACGCUUAUCGUGCUACUGCUGUUCUUCUCGGCACCGUCGAAGGCGGCACGGAUCCUCGCCGUGGUCAUGGCCGUACUCUUACUGGCCGAUAUGAUCAUCAUCCUCGCCGUUCCCAAGCUCAGGCACGAAGAAGCCUGGGUAGGUGUGGUCAGUGUGAUUUGGGCGCUCCUGAUGGCCGUCUGGACGUUGAUAGCGGACCGGACUGUGCAAUGGGGCAAAGCAGAGGAGGAGCAGCGCCUCACUGGUAGGGAGGAAUCGCGACGGUCCUUGUUCGAGUGGGUGGAGGUGCUGCUGUCGACAAUUUUCCUGGUCGUCCUGGCCGUCAUCGCCUUCCUGCUGACCUGCACGCUGAUCCAACGGUCGAUCGACGCCCGGGUCACACCACCAGGCGUGCUGUAUUGGGUGGAUGGGGACAAGUACCAGAUUCAUCUGUACUGUCACGGCAAUACAACGGAUACGCACGGGAACAAGCUGCCGACAGUGUUGUUUGAGGGAGGCGAGGAUCCAGUAGAAUAUGGCCUGUGGCACUUCGCGGACAAUGCUGUCGCCAAUGGAUCUUUCAGCAGAUAUUGCUUCGCAGACCGGCCCGGAAUGGCAUGGAGCGACACAGCACCAUCGCCAUUCUCAGCAAGCCAGGCCGCCGAUGCUCUCAGCGAAGCACUUGCGCGCGCCGGAGAGGAAGGGCCCUGGGUUCUCGCGAGCGCAGGCAUAGGCUCGAUCUACUCACGAGUUUUCAGCUCCCGCCACGGCGUAGCGAUCAAGGGCAUGGUGCUGAUCGACCCUCUCCACGAGGAUCUCCUGGAUCGGAUUGGUGAACCAGGCCGCGGCUUCAUGCUCUGGCUGCGGGGCAUCAUCUCGCCGCUGGGCAUCGACCGACUCUCGGGCGCUCUCUUCCGAGGCCGCGACAGCCUCGACAGGAUCUGGGGUAUCGUGUCGUACCAGGGUGGAAAGCAGAUCUUUUCUAAGCUCCAGGAGAGUCUCGUCGCCGGCUCGCUCACCAAGCGGGAUGUCGUCUCGAGCCGGGCGAUCCAGAUCCGCGAUAUUCCCAUCUCUGUCGUCAGCUCUGGAGUUGAGAUCAAGAGGGACAGCCAGUGGGAGGACAAACAGAGGGACCUUACACAAUUGACGGACCAUCUGCACGAUUGGGAUGUCGUCAAAAAGGCACCACACCAAGUCUGGAAGACGCUGGAUGGGCGCGAGGUUAUUGAGAAGAGGAUUAAGCAGUUGGUGCAUGGGAGAUAAGUCUGAGCUUGCAGCACAAUCGUGGCAGGAACUGUUGAUCUGGGUUGACGAGUUUUAUGAAGGGAAGGGAAUGGAUGGGCGGGAGGUUAGUAGUCCUAGCACUUGAUCUAGAGUCGGCAAUUUUUCCUAUAGUCCUUCAAUUUUUGCUGUUUUCUUCUUCUUUCCUCUUUCCUUCUUUCCUUCUUUCUCGACUUUUCUUUUCACCCCCUGUUCUCUUUCCUCUUCAAUUGCUCUUGACUUUUGUUCUUUUUUCCCCUUUCCCUUUUGUGUUGGAUACAUAAAUAUUGGACAUACCUCAGAUCGGUCUACCCAGAUACUGCAUGAAAUUGGCAACAGGC